AUGAUUAAUUCAACCUAGAAUAUACUGAUAAUUACUAUUCACAUAGUGACUCUACUAGUUUAAGAAUAAUACGUAAAAUCAAGUACAUACAAACUGUACUUCGAUUGUCCUAUAAUUAAACACGUGGAUCGAAGUUAAAAAAGAAUCAAUAGAAUCCUAUCAAUUAUUGGUGGUCUAAUUAAAGUUCUUAUGUUCCUUUGGCAAAUUAUUGAGUAAACCAAAUACAAGAUUAAAAUUUUAAAUAUCUUUCCUCAACCAAUUUUUUAAUUUUGGAUCUACUAAACAUUCGAAAUCCUUUUAUCCACCACUCAAUUCUUAAGCCUAUAGUCAGAAACUAUUAAGUAUGCAAACACUAGAAUACUUUUGAUCAUUUUGGUAGUUUAUUUAUUUAAUUCUUAGUUGGCGAAAUUUAUUAAUUAAGUUUCAUUGAAUGUAGAUGGUCAAAAAUACUCAAAAAGAUAAAAAUAAAAUGAAAAUCCAGAACCUAAACUCAUUGCUAAAUAUUUUCAACCGUAAGAUAUUAGGUUGAAAUUACAGAAUAUUUAGCAUGUCAAAUAUUUUUUUGAAUUCACAGGACAAGUUAAAAAAAAGAAUUAAAUAAUUAAGGUAGAAUCUUAAAAUUGUUAAUUAUAAAAACUGACAUUAUUUAUGUCUUCUCAAUAAUCUUUAAGAAUUGGACAAUUUAAAGUAAGUAUUUGUGUACUCAAAAAUUAUAUUCCAUUUUUCGGAUCUCGUAAAAUUUUUAGCCUUUAAUGA